AUGUUCGCAGGAGCAGCGACAGUUGACCUAGGAUCCAUUGUCUCAGCUGGGUUUUCAACUCGAAUAGAGGCUCGACGGGCACUCUUUCAGCGCGUGCGGUUACUUUAUGAAGUGGAUUACGAGAUUGAUUGCAAAAUCAAUGUAAUUCAAUCACUGCUUCUGAUGACCCUUUGUCGCGAGGUCGAUAGUGCGCAGAAAGAUCCGUGCUUCUGGAUGAAUGCCUGCGUUUCAUACGCGCAAUCUAUUGGGCUACAUCGUGAUUGCUCCCAAUUAAGCCCCCCGCCCAGUGAUCUGAGGUUAAGACGGCGACUGUGGUGGGGUAUUCAUGUGCGAGACAAACUGAUGGCACUGGAGUUGGAUUCCCGGGUGUGUAUCAGGGACGACGAGUGCGACAUCGCUCCUUUGACCCUCGCAGACUUUGACGUCGACGUUACGUGCUCGGAAUAUCUAAACUCAAUGCCAUUGCACAGCAAGGACGACCGGCAAACCAAAGCCAUCAUGUUUAUUGAACUGACGAAGCUUUGUCGUCUAGUUGGCGGUGUACUUUCGACAUUUGUGUACAACUUUACAGAAAGAAAGUACUCAAUUGAGCAGAGCAUGCCAGGUGAAAGCUCUGCAAGGCUAUUACUGGUUCAUUUCUAUGAUAAUGAAUUGCAAGUCUGGCUAGGCGCGUUACCAACUCAAGCCCAGUACGUCCCGUACUCUCCCGAGCCCGAGCCUGUUUCAGAAACAAGCAAAACCAUUCUUCUUUAUUCUGCAUUUUUAAAAAUUAUUUACUUGUUUCUGCUUCUGAAAUUGCAACACCAUCAAGCAUUUCCGCCUCGAAAUUGGAUGUCAGCCUCGCAUUUUGAUUCCAUCCAGGCUCAGCAGGUGUAUCUUGCGGCGACGGAGAUUACUGAUAUCAUGUGGUCUCUCUAUAAUGCAUCGCUUGCUCCCUACCUGCCUACCACUGGGGUUGAUAUUCUGAGCAAUGUUGCUAGAACCCACAUUCUUGGCGCAAAGUCGGAUGAUUUCGGGCUACGAUCGAGGUGGCCACGCCAAUUCAGACAAUGUGUUCACAUUCUCCGGUCUUUGAGAAAUUCACAUGGCUCGGCUAAAUCUGCCCUCGCAAUACUACAUCAAUCCACGCCCACAGCGGUCAUUGACCUAACACUGGCCCCGUUGAAGAAUAGCAUAUCUACACUUUCACCUAGAAGCACAUGCAUACAGACACCAACGCUAAUGAAGCCCUUGGCGCAAGUUCAUUGUCCAAGCAAACCUGCGGAUCUGAUUGACUCGUUUGCUCUUUAUGCGCCCGAAGCGGAUUCAAUUCACCAGAACCUUUCUGCUGACGCUUCUGUACCUCAGAAUCUGUCAAAUGCAUCGAUAAUCGACAAAUUUCUGUAUAGCCGAUCUUUGACGCAACCAAUCCAGGGAAUCCUCCCUGGGCCUUACGGAAUGUCUUCUGUCAGCAAAUCAUGUGACCCGCAAGAGAUCGACACAAAUCUAUCGGAAGACGUGACGAAUGAGUUCUUGGAUGAGUUCCUUGAACUGGAUGAUACUCUGGCUGUUUGUGACGAUAAUCCUCUGCCUAAGAGGUGUUCUCCCACUUAA